CGGUCAUGUGAUCAGCUGUGUCCAAUCACAGCUGAUCACAUGGAACACGUACACUGAUCAUCAGGGCACUGAUGAUCAGUGUGCCCUGAUGAUCAGUGUAGCCCCAGCUGUGCCACCUGUCAGUGCCCAUCAAUGCCAGCUGUCAGUGCUCAUCAAUGCCACCUGCCAGUGCCCAUCAGUGGCACAUCAAUGUCACAUACCAGUGCCUACCAGUGCACAUCAAUGCUACAUAUUAGUGCCCAUCUGAGCCGCCUUUCAGUGCCACCUAUCAAUGCCAGUCAGUGCCACCUAUCAGUGCUGCCAAUAAGUGCCACCUAUCAG